AUGUCAGAUGCUCAGCAGAUGCUAAUAGCCAGGGUAGCACCAACUGUGCAUGUGCACUUGCCGAAGCAUGGAGGUACGGCUUCAAAAGGGCAUUGCAUUGCAUUCCCACAGGCUGUGCAAGAACCGGCAACUAGUCUUCCAUGCCUACCAGCAGAGGUGGACAUUACAUGUGUGAGAAGGCAAGGAAAAGAUUAUACCCAUGACGACUUUAGGGUUAGAAGACACCGUGAUGAAAGCACAAUAAUCCUGCUUAUGUUGAUGUUGUUAUUGAUGGCACUCACAGAGAGUUUACCACAAGAUGGUGAGUUGCCCAAUUUGAGGGAUGUUGAGUUUUCUGAAACAGAAGGCAUUAACAACCAGGGCCUUGCACCAUAACAAUUGGAUGCUGGGGAAACAGACUCUGGAAUUAUUCUUCCUAAGUCUGGUGUUCCCACGUGUAAGCAAAGCAAGAGGCAGAAAGUACUGCUAGUUGUUGUGUUAAGAAUGCAGGACAUUCAAUCCACUUACCUGUUGGGGAAAAGGUUUAGAAACCGGCUCUUUGUCGGUGCAUUGCCACUGGACACAACUACUCAAGAGCUGGCAGAGUAUUUCUCUUUUUUUAGUUCAGUUAUUGAGGCGAAAGUCAUAUUGGACGAGCCCAAAUCUCUAAAGGCCAUGGAGUUGUCACUUUCCAAAGUGAAGAUGAUGUUCGGAAUGUAA